AUGGCUUUACAUGUCUAUACCACCACAGAGAAUGGACGCUGGGGCUGGGAUUUUUACAUUGAACUUGACAUGCCCUUCUGGAGAGGGUUUGUUCGGAUGAGCUGGAUGCACUUCUUGGAUAGUGAUCAGAGUGGGAUAACGCAAUGUAUAGGUCGGCUCAGCUGCAAACUUAAGUCCGAGUCCAAACUACACAAGAUCGCGACUAUUGAGGAAGCGGAGGUGCCACAGGUUCACGAAAUCUGCAUUUCAGCGAUUGAGUCACUACGUGAACUGCUCGACUUUGCAAAUAGCGAUGGUCCCAUGGUGCCUGCACGUUUGACGGAAUUGCAAAGGCGGUGGUGGUUGUUGGUUUGGAAGACAGCCCUUGAGAAUGGGAUUUUUACGCCUCUUGACUCCGUACUUUGCAUCCCACCCCUCUCUGAAGACUUUUAG